AUGCCUCCCGCUGCUCGAUCUCUCAGGCAGCGCGCCGUCACCAACGAGAACGAUGAGAACGCGGCUACGACACGCUUGACGCGUGCAAAGGCCGCCAACCUCGGCGCCAACGAGUCUGCUGCCGACGUGCCCAAGAAGACUCUCCAGGCGAAGAAGUCUACUGCUACUCUAGGCGCGAACGGUGCUGCCACGCGUAAGCGUGCUGCCCUCGGUGACGUCAGCAAUGUCACCAAGACCGACGGCCUCGGUGCUGUCGCGAAGGAUGGAAAGAAGGUCCUGGCCACCAAGGGCGCAGUCUCCAAAGCAGCACAGCCCACCGGCAUCAAGAAGCCAUCGCGGGCCAACUCGACGCGUUCCAUGUUAGAACCCAAGGAGAAGAACCUCGCGUCAUCCGAGGUGAAGAAGCGCGGUGCCAGCGGCAACGGUAUCGCCGGCCAACCAGCCAAGAAGCGAAUGCAAAUUACCAAGACCGUCAAGGAAGAGGACCCCGAGGAGGAGCUCAAGGAGGAAGAUGAAGAGGAGGCUGAGAACGUUGUCCCAGAGGAGAACGUUACCGAGGAGAAGGACACCAAGGCUGCCAACGGCACCAAGAAGGAGCUCGAGCCCAUCACAGAGGUCUUCUACAAGGGCCCAGACCUAGACAAGGAGGACGUCGAUGACCCAUUGAUGGUUUCCGAGUACGUUGUUGAGAUCUUUGAGUACCUCAAGGAGCUAGAGAUUGCGACCAUGGCCAACCCGGACUAUAUGGAGUCCCAGACUGAGCUUGAGUGGAAGAUGCGCGGUAUUCUCGUCGACUGGUUACUCGAAGUUCACACUCGCUUCCGCCUCCUCCCGGAGACUCUCUUCCUUGCUGUCAACAUCAUCGACCGCUUCCUCUCAGCCAAGAUCGUCCAGCUUGACCGUCUUCAGUUGGUUGGUGUCACCGCCAUGUUCAUCGCGUCCAAGUACGAGGAGGUCCUCUCUCCCCACGUCCAGAACUUCCGUCACGUCGCCGAUGAUGGCUUCACCGAGGAGGAGAUCCUCAGCGCCGAGCGUUUCGUCCUCGCUGCCCUCAACUACGACCUGAGCUACCCCAACCCCAUGAACUUCCUCCGCCGGAUAUCAAAGGCCGACAACUACGACAUCCAGACCCGCACACUGGGCAAGUACCUCCUCGAGAUCGGCUGCCUGGAUCACCGCUUCCUCGCCCACCCCCCCAGCCAAGUCGCUGCCGCUGCCAUGUACCUUGCCCGCCUCGUCCUCGAGCGUGGCCCUUGGGACGAGACCCUCACACACUACGCCGGCUACAGCGAGGAGGAGAUCCAGCCUGUCCUGCAGCUGAUGAUCGACUACCUCUCCAGCCCUGUCAUUCACGAGGCCUUCUUUAAGAAGUAUGCUAGCAAGAAGUUCUUGAAGGCAUCCAUCGUUCUACGCAAGUGGGCAAAGGACUACGUCGCUGCCUACGGUAACGCGCUCCAAGAAGAGGAGGAGGAGGCCGCCAUUGUCCCCUCCAAGACCAAGAGCCAGCGCUAA